UGCUUUCUUUGCAUUUCAACCAACUCCCUUCGCUCCUCCCACCCCCCUUAAACAGCUCAUAUCUUUGCAUCCUGGUUGAUCUCCCGUACGCUUUGGGAGCUGGAGCUGGGGAAGUUAGUGUUUCCUAUAUCCCUGUCCUCACCGGGCAUUCUCUUCCUUUUCUCCUCCCCGACUCUUUCAUCCUAAUACAUCCAGUCCUUUCCUGUCAACAACGACCUCCACGGUGACCUCAACCCUGCUUCUGUGACGUGCUAGCUGUCAAUCCGAUCGUCUUCGCUGGGGAGUGCGACCCUCAGUUCUCCCGCACCCUUCCUGAAGGCGUCGACCAGUUGGGACCACCGGCGCCAUGUCUUAUCCGAACCUUCCUCCGACUUUCACGCCCCAGAGACCAUUGCCUGGUGCAUACUUUCAGACUCCAGCCCCCAACAAUGCCUCGAGUGCGCAACCGCUUUUUGCGGCCAAGGCAGCGGCUCCUCCAGCAGAACAAGCUGCGUCCCCUGCAGCUCUCCCGAAGCUCCCCCCGGCCGCGUCCAAGUCGAAGAACCAGAUAUUGAGUACGGAGGAGCGCGCGGCGCGAACGGUCGAUGAUACCCUUGCUCAGGAAGCGCGGUAUCCGGACCUGGAUAGCUAUUUGUCUCAAGGGUUCUCUUCCGACUACGAUGUCCCCGCCUCAGCCUCGUGGGCUCCUUUUCAAAAAGUCAAAAUGUAUAAUAUCCCCGAUCAGAUCUUCGACCAGUAUAAUCGCGCGCAGGUUUCGACGAGCAUGGGUCUCUUUGCCGAGCUGAACCACGCGUGGGUGGCUAUCGACAAUGCCCUCUAUAUUUGGGACUACACGCAUCCGAAUCCGCAAUUGGUCGGAUUUGAGGACCAACCGAACAGUAUCAAUGCGGUCAAAUUGGCGACGCCUCGCCCAGGUGUAUUCUUACCGUCGAUCACCCACUUGUUGGUUAUCUCGACGACGGCGGACGUGAUCCUGUUGGGGAUGGGCUGCGAAACCAGUGCGGGAGGUGCGCGGCAAGUGACCCUGUACCAGACGGGCAUGUCGGUCUCGAUUCGUGGCCUGGAUAUCGACAUCAUCGCGUCAUCCGAUGCGACAGGGCGAAUUUUCUUUGGCGGUUCCUCCGACAACGACGUGCACGAGAUUACCUACCAGCAAGAGGAGAGAUGGUUCCAAGGCAGGUGUAGUAAGGUCAACCACACCAGCUCCCGUCUGUCCGCCUUCACGCCGAGCUUCAGCUUUUCGCAAUUCACACAGCACACCCUGGAAUACGUGGCUCAGAUGGAGAUUGACGACACCCGCGGACUGCUGUAUACAUUGUCAUCCUCUUCGACGAUUCGGGUAUUCCACAUGAAGGCCGAUGGGACGCUGGCGUUGGCCAUCACCAAACCGGCCAUGGAUAUCUACGCGAACAUUGGACACAUCAUCGUCUCCCACGCGGCCCUCAAUCCCAAAGUGAGGAUCGUUUCCAUCAGUCCGAUCCCCGCCGCGGAGGCGUCGAGAUACCAUCUGAUGGCGACCACGGCCACGGGAUAUCGGAUCUACUUGAGCGCGACGUCGUCAUACAGCUGGACUCCUACGCCGAAUGGCAACAAUCCGCCUACGAGCAUGCAGGCGCAUCAUGUCAAGACCCCGCCGUUUGACAUGACGUCCAGUUCUCACCUCCCACCGCAGGCGCGGUACCAGUCUCCGAUGGCAUCCAGAAUCCCCAUUCACUCGUUGGAACCGACCCGAUUCAGCUCUCGCUACCCCCCGGGAUAUUUCUUCUGCUUCGUCUGCAAAGAUACCACGCAAAAAACCGACACCCUCUUCAUCUCCUCCCCGGAUUCAGGCCGGGUGGCCCGUUCCCAAGAGAAUGUGAUACCUGAAAAGGCAGGUGAGACGGCCCUUUGGCUCUCACUGGGCAGCAGAGCGGAGGACAUUGGUAUUUGCUCCCCGUAUUCAGCGGCUCCCACGACUCCCGGAGGGUUCAGCAAUGAGCUUGCGAUCCAAUUUGAUCAACCCGCGGCCGAGUUCGCGAUCUUGACCAACACGGGCAUUCACGUCAUUCGCCGACGCAGACUGGUAGACAUGUUUGCUGCCCUGGUCCGCGGCGGUAGCGCCGGUGACGAAGGGCUGGACGGUGAAGUGAAGAACUUCAUCCGGACCUAUGGUCGCAGCGAAACGCUUGCCACGGCGCUCGCUGUCGCAUGUGGUCAGGGAGUGGAUGUUUCAAACGAUUCGCGGCUUACCCAGAUCAAUGACCCGGAUGUUUUGGAGUUUGCGCGCAAGGUCUUUGUUGAUUACGGUGGCCGGCCCACAACGAAUGAGAAUGCAGUGGCGGAUAGCUCCACCCCGGCAAUUGAUGCCGUGGUCCCCUCGCCUCGUCACACUGGAAUUGCUCUUUACAUCUCGCGACUAUUGCGCUCGAUCUGGAAGAAAGAAAUCGCCACAGUCAGCGCGGGACCCAGUGGCACCCAAUUGGUUUCGGCAUCCGUGUCUCCGGCGAAAUUACAGACCGUCCAGCGAGAUCUGGCCACCUUGCAAGACUUCUUCAAAUCGAACCAGAGCUUCAUCGAGGGGCUCAGCGGACCGGAAGCGUUGGCGCGCGUGUCGACGAAGCAGGAAGAGAUCGCCUUGCAGGCUGAACAUCGGGCGCUGCACUCGCUUGUGCAACUGGUGUCUCACACAAUCGAGGGCAUUUCGUUCGUCUUGGUGCUCUUUGACGAGCGGGUCGAUGAAAUUGUCGCUCUCCUGCCGGACGAGUCGAAGCAGCGUUUCCUGAGGUUGACUUAUGAGGAGCUGUUCAGUACCACCAAGGGUCAUGACAUCGCCAAGGAGCUGGUGAAGGGUAUCGUGAAUCGGAAUAUCGCCAAGGGCUCCAACGUGGAGACGGUGGCUGAUGCCCUGAGGCGGCGGUGUGGCAGCUUCUGCAGUGCAGAGGACGUGGUCAUCUUCAAGGCCCAGGAGCUGCUGAAGCGUGCCACUGAAGCCGGUGCUAACUCGGAGCUUGGUCGCAAUCUGCUGAACGAGAGUCUUCAUCUGUUUCAACAGGUGUCGGAAAGUUUGCCGAUGGAUUACCUCGUGCCCACGGUCGAGAAUUACAUCGCCAACCAAUUCUUCGCCGGUGCCAUUCAGUUGGCUUUGAACGUGGCCGCUCGCUCGGACAAAGCCAACAUGGCCCUUUCCUGGAUCGUAGACGGCCGUCCUGCAGAGGAUACCCGACGGGACUACUUCUAUUUCCGCAAGCAGUGCUAUGACCUUAUCUUCAAGGUCAUCAUAGCAGUCGAUAAUCUGGCCGCCAACGACCCAGGGGUGAUCGAUGGACAGCUGACCAUCGUCGCCAAGCGAAAGAACGAGGCCUACGGGGUGAUCUCCGACUCGACUGACGAGGUGUUCCUGACCAGUUUGUACGACUGGUAUCUGCAGCAGGGCUGGAGCGACCGGUUGCUGCAAACCGACACUGCGUUCGUGGUCACCUACCUGAAGCGCAAGGCGGCCGACGACAUUGCGCACGCCGAUCUGCUCUGGCGCUACUACGCCCAGUCGGAGCGAUUCUACGAAGCCGCCGACGUCCAAUACAAUCUUGCCCGUAGCGCCUUCAAGCUGCCGCUCAGUCGUCGGAUUGAGUAUCUUGGCCGCGCCCGGGCCAAUGCUUCGGCCUUCACGCCCGACGUGGACCGUCAGUCCCGGCAGCGCCUGUUGCAGGAUGUCUCCAACAUGAUCGACGUGGCGAAUAUCCAAGACGACCUUCUGCAGCGUCUCAAGGAUGACAAGCGGAUCGCCCCCGAGCGCCGGGCAGAUGUUCUGGACGAUGUCGAUGGAACCAUCAUGGACAUCACCACGCUCUUCAACGGCUACGCCGACCCAGCAAGCUACUACGAUAUCUGCCUCCAGAUCUUCUUCCUCGCCGACCACCGCAACGCCACAGACAUCCGCUCCACAUGGCAACACCUGCUGCAAGACCUGCACGACGAGACCGUCGAACGAGGCGAACCCCAGCCCUACGAAGCAGUCGUCGAAAAGGUCCGCAGCCUCGGCGGCCGCCUCCGCAUGUCAGAGACCGUCUUCCCGAUCCCGAUCCUUGUCCCCAUGCUCGAGCGCUACGCCUUCGAAAACCAGCGAGGCGUCGGCCCCCCCACCUGGGUCGUCGACCUGUUCCUGGACCUCGGCAUCCCCCACGAGUCCCUCUUCACCGUCCUCGAGUCCAUGUUCUACACCGACGAGGCCCCCUUCCACGGCUCAAACCGCAAGUACAUCGCCAAGGACCUCCUCUACCUCAUCGACUACUGGUUCCACGCUACCGUCCGCCUCGGCGGUGUCGUCUUCGGCAGUGACGUCGUCGCUGAGCGUAUCUCCGAGACGCUGCUCCUCCUCCAGCAGAGCGCUAUCACGCCGGAGCUGAUGGAGGUUGCGCAGGAGCUGCGCACCCGGAUAGAUGAUGUUGUGCGGUAAACUUAUUCUAACGGAUGUUUUAUUAUUGAUGUGGGAAGCGAAGAUGUAUUUCUUUUUCUAUCCCUUUUCUUUUUUAUUUUCCUUUUCUAUCUCAUGAUUUCCAUUCCAUUCCAUUACAUUCUCAAUUCUUGCAAAGUUGGGUAGGGAGUUCAAGUUCAAUUCAUAGUCUAGUUCUUCAUCAAACGAAAAGAAAAGAAAAAAACCACCGAUCUCGAAACAAUCCUUAAUAUUAUUAUACUUAUCCUUGUUCUUGUCUCUGUUUGCUUAUUGCUGCAAGGAGUGAGAAAUGAGGGAGUCAAACCGUUGGGGCGUUUCACUGCUGACCUUUUUGAUUGGUAUCUGACUGUUCCUCAUAUUUCUUACUUUGUUGAAUCUUCUUUUGUUUCUCUUUGGCAUAGACUUGCUUCCCUCUUUACUUUUCUUAGUUGGUUUGAUCGGUUUAGUUUGCUACAAGGCCGUUUCACAUAUGGUAGAUAGGUUUUAGGUAGGUAGUGCCAGAGCAUAUUAUCCAUGA